AUGGGUUCUAAAUCUAGUCAGUUCGUCAAUGGCUCACCUUAUCAGCGAGAUACUUAUAGAUAUACUCCAUUAUUGAGUUGGUUACUGGUUCCUAAUCACUAUUUUGGUUGGUUCCAUCUCGGUAAGUUAUUCUUCGUCAUAUAUGACCUAUUAACGGGCAUCUUGCUAUUAAGAAUAUUAAGAAAGUUGAUACCUGAUAUCUCUGACUUAAAACUGACUUUUUUGGGCAGUAUUUGGUUAUUGAACCCAAUGGUUAUUACAAUUAGCACUCGUGGAAACGCGGAGAGUCUUUUAUGUUUCUUCAUCAUGCUAUCUCUAUAUUAUCUGCAAGAAGGCCAUUAUUGGCUUGCCGGCGUAAUUUAUGGUUUAUCUAUCCAUUUUAAGAUAUAUCCAAUCAUUUAUUGUUCUUCAAUGGCAAUCUAUAUCUUUUAUAAUGACAGUGGAUCAAAUAAAAAUCAAACUGUCUCAAAAAGAUUCAAAGACUUAUUUGUUGUUGGUGUAUCUACAUUAAUGACAAUUAUUUUGCUAGGAUUUAUCAUGUAUUACAUAUAUGGCUACGAAUUCUUGGACCAAGCGUAUUUUUACCACCUCUAUCGAACAGACCAUAGACAUAAUUUUUCCUUAUGGAAUAUGCUACUAUACUACGAUUCCGCCAAAGAUGCUGAUUCUAUCUCUUAUUUAUCAAAGAUGGCUUUUCUUCCUCAAUUAUUAAUUGUCUUUCCAUUAUCUUACCUAGAAUGGAUAAAUGCAACUUUCAUGAAUCUAGUUAACGUCAUAUUCUUGCAAACAUUUGCAUUUGUUAUAUUUAACAAAGUUUGUACUUCACAGUAUUUUAUAUGGUACCUGGUUUUCCUACCCAUUGUUCUUUCAAGAACCACUAUAACCGGCAAGAAAGGAAUCAUGAUGCUUUUCGUUUGGGUUCUCACUCAAGCAUUUUGGUUAAGUCAAGGUUAUUAUUUAGAGUUUGAAGGUAAGAAUGCCUUCUAUCCUGGAAUAUUUUUUGGAGCUGUUUCAUUCUUCAUUGGAAAUGUUUGGAUCUUAGGACAAUUUAUAUCCGAUGCAAAGGAAAUUCCAAUCGAUACAUGUAAUUGUGAAGAAAGGAAGAAAAUAAAAUAG